AUGAAGAACAUGGAAUCACUCAAACUGUUCAUACGAGUGCUUCGUAGUGUAAGAAAGCUUCCAACAGAAGCACAACCCUAUUAUCGAAAUUAUGCAUAUCAGCAAUUUCAAAAUCACAAAUCGGAAAAUGAAGAACGAACACAACAAAUUCUUGCACGAGCAAAACAAGACAUUGAGUGGAUUGAAAGAAAAUACAAUAUUCAUUCAGCUUCUAACAAAUUUAAUUAA